ACAACUAAAAUGGAUUUGGCAUAGGGGUUUUUACGAGGCCCCUCACAAAAUUUGUUGGUGCCAAAAUAUUAUUGGUAUUGCUCUGUUUAGAGCUGAAGUUAAUAUUUGUAAGAAAUCCAUACAGGCUUCCUUUAGACCCUGUAGUAAAUGUUCAAUUAUCUUUCUUAUUUCUUUAAUUCUGCCCCCAAGCAUUCAAAGCUGCUGUGUGGCAUAAAUCCAAGGUGUGUUCAUCAUGUACAGCUCGCCUCUCUAUAGUAGCAUAGUCUCCUUCUCCAAGAAUUUUAUCUUGGGAGAUUUUCCUACAUCUAUGUUUACUCAAUUGUUCAAUAAUCUUAUUUCCUUCCUCUGAAUACAUGUUCCAUUGUAAUUGUGGACUUAGCUCUAAAACACCUUUCACCAAUUCUAUCCAGUCUUUAGGGAUAUUUUUCUUAAAAACUGACCAAAAGUGCAUGUCCUAUGAGACUAUUAUUUUCUUUAAUCUUUUUAAAUCUAAUUUUGGGAGAGAAGUCCAGUUCACUGUAACAGAGCAUCUGCCAUUUGGUAAUUCCUGUAAGGUUACUGGAUAUAUUAAUGUUGGUUAUCUGAAAACCUUAGACUGUUCCUCUUUAUUCUUAUAAAUUGGCACUCCAUUAAAUUCCUCUUUCUGGAUUUGAAAAUCUCUGUGAUCUGUUUUAUUUUUUCUAAGGCCUGUAUCUUAGCACUCAAAUUAACCAACUUUUUAAGUGAUGAGACAAAAACUAUAAAGCUUAUAAUGUUUACAAUUGACUAUACAUACAUCUCAUCUAAAUUAGAUAUCCUCUCAUUUAAUCAUUCAAUUUUCAAAUUAUCUAGCAUAUUAUCAUACAGAGUCCCAACUCUUUCCACUGUACUCGAUUUUUCCCAUUGUUAGUGUGGAAAAAAUACUCUCUCUUUUAACUAAUUCCAGUCUUUAAGAAUUUCCAAUUGUCUUGCCAAUUCUGCCUAUGCAGGUUGACCAGUAAGGUUGUGGGGCAUCUGUCUCCUUCAGCAGCUACAUGGCAUCUCCUCAACUCCAGCUUCUCUCUCUCUCUCUCUCUCUCUCUCUCUCUCUCUCUCUCUCUCUCUCUCUCUCUCUCUCUCUCUCUCUCUCUCCUUACAUCUCUGUUCAGAUUUUCCACCUGGGUUUACUCUGUUAAGCCAGUGGCCAAAGUAGCUUCUUUAUUAACCAGUGGAAAUAAAACUUAUUCACAGCAUGCAGAAGGGAAUCUCACUCCAAUUUUCCAACCUUAGCAGACAGCUACUUCUGUCUAUCCAGCUGUCUCCUUUCCUGCACCAACUGCAUUGUCAGCCCCUCAUAAUCCUUCCUCCUCUUCAGUGCCAUGCUGCUGCAGCUGCCCAACUGUAGCACCAACUUUACCCCUUCUCUCAUGUGCUCAUGUCCUGCUAAGGAACUUAACCCUGAUCAAGCCAAGCCAGCCACAACUCUCCCACUGCAAUAGGUAGCCAGUAUAGAUGGUCAAGGUACAUAUCCGUGGCUUGCUCUCAGAACUCUCUCACAUAGAACAAAAACUUGGUUCUUACAUAUCUAAUUCUACCUCUUUCAUAAAACAAUUCCAACACAUUACUUGAUCUCUCCUUUCAUGAUAUUUUUAUGAUACUAACUAAUAACCUGUUUACUGAGGAGUGUAGUCAGAUUUUGGAGCAGGCCAGAGUACAUGCAGAUGAGGUUCACCAGAUGAAUGCAGCACACCCUCCAGGGACAGAGGCAGUCCCAAGCAGGAUCCACACUGAGAUUAUAACACCUCAGGUAUUUUAACUGGAGAUCAGUUUAUGACUUGCUUCCUAGUGGGUCUCCACAAGGCUGUCCUGAAGCCAGUAAACUAUGAUAAACUCUUAGAUGUUGUUCAAGAUAAAAAUGAAAAUCUGUGUCAAUUCUUAGAAUGCCUCACAAAGGCUAUCUUGCAGUACACUAAUUUCAGAAACCCCAGAGGGCAAACAGUUUCUCAUGACCCAUUUCUUUUCCUAGAACUUCCUUUACAUUAGGUUUAAACUUAAACAUUUAGAAAAAGGCCCCUUGACUGCCCAGGCAGAAGUCUUAGAGCUGGCUUUUAAGGUAUACUGUAGAAGGGAUGAUAAGAACUAUAGACAAAAAUAUCAAAUGCUGGCCAAGGCCAUCCAACUGGCUGAAGUGACUAAGUAUCCUGCCUGUGCCACUCCCUUGCUCCCUCAGGGCUCGAGGGCUACCAGGCCCAUGUUUUAAAUGUGGAGAAAAUGUGCACUGGGACCAGGCAUGUCUUAUUCCUUUUAUCAGUCCCUGAGUCCGUGUCUGAAGUACCAUAGGGAAGGGCAUUGGGCAAUCAGUUGUCUUCAUGGCAUGGAGACAUCAGAUCCAGAUAACUCCAAAACUGACCUUCUAGGUGUGGCCAUAAAUGAUUGAGGCUGCCUGGGCUCCCAUGGCCCAACCACAACUAAUAUCUGUAAUACAGAGCCAUGGGUGAAUAUCACAAUAUCAGAAUGGUCCAUCUCCUUUCUCUUGGACACCAGAGCACAUACUCCAUACUGAGGGAGUUUUAGGGACUUACUUCUCCUUCUAAUUUACCUAUUGUCGAAGCAGGGGGACAGUUCUACCUCAUAAGACCACACCACUCAAUCGUAGUUUUAGGGGUAUUCCUCUCACACAUUCACUUUUGGUCAUGCCAACCUGCCCUAUACCUCUUAGGGGAAGAAAUUUUUUAGCUAAAGUGGGAGCUUCUAUUUCAUUUGCUUGACCCCAAGCUCUCUAGCAACUUCUCUCCAUCUUAUCCUAACAUCUCCAACAUGUCAUAUCCUUUGCCAGUCUCUCAGGUGGACCCCCAGUCUGGGACACCCAAAAGCUCUUGUUACUAAAUACCAUUUUCCCAGGUACAAUAUCCAAGCACAGUACCCACUUUCACUCCAGAGCCUUAGGGGACUUAAGCCUGUCAUCUUUGACCUUCUAAGAAAAAAGCUACUUUAUCCCACCUCUUCUACUUUUAACAACCCUAUAUUGCAGUUCAAAAGCCCAACAGAAUCUUAUCACCUGGUUCAAGACCUACAGCUCAUUAAUUCUGCAGUGGUCCAUCUUUAUCCUGUAGUGUUUAAUCCUUACACACUUCUUUCCACUAUCCCUCCAGAAACCUCCCACUUCUCAAUUCUGCAUAUCAAGGGUGACUUUUUCUCUAUUCAUCUCAGCUCGCAAUCUCAAGAUAUCUUUGCCUUCGCCGGGAAUGACCCCGACAUUCACCACUCCAGAGCAUACAACUCCCAGGCCAGGGUCUAGGGUGAUGCUCCCAACUUAACAUUCCAGACUCUUUGGAUAUAGGGGUGGGUGACAGGAAGUUGGGGUGAUAAUUAUGACCAACAUUUUAGGCUCUCUUUGGAAAAAUGGCAUAGACUCAAGUUUGCUACUUCCUGUGUGCAUGGGAUGAUGUGGGAGAGGGAGAGCUGAAAGGUGGUGGGUUCAUGCUCAGCAGGAGAUGUGGCUUGAAAGACACCCUGUUCACUGUCAUCCUGGAGAUUCCAGUUGUUGUGUUUUUAAAAAUAUGGAGUGUCCCGGCUGGGCUGGUGGAGCCGCGCAGAGCUACGCGGUCCCGAGCAGCCAGUCCCAAGGUGCUGGCGGCCCAAGCAGGUUCCCAGCAGCAGGAGGGCGUGUGUAAACACCAGGCAUCUGUUUCUUGAGGGAGAUAAGAAGACAGAUGUCUAACAGAAAAAGAUAUUGUUAUUACUGGCCCUAUGAAAUGGGGCUAGCCAUGAGAUGAGACAUAAUAGUAGAUAAAAUCAGAUUUUAGUUGGCAGGCGUCCUUGAUCUAGGAGAGUUGGCAGGUGUCCUUGAUCCAGGAGAGCUGGUACCAAUGGUGAAAUCCCAGGAGUGGGUGCGGGUGUUUUUGGCAUUUUCCUGGAAGAACUUUGUAGGUUGGUCUUGCCUUAGGCAGCAGUAUUGACCUGUAAAAUAUGCUUGAUACUGGCUGCAGUUAGUGUAGCAGUAAAACAAUUAAAGGAAUUGGAAACCCUGGAUUUUACCAGACCUAAUUCCGGUGUAGCAAUAGGACUUUUCAGGUACCUGUAAGAGAACUGGAACAGAUUUUAUAUUUUGGUGCCAUAGCAAAAGGUUAGAAGGCAAUUAAAGGAAAUUGGGAACUUUGAACCUCUGAAGAUUGAAACCUGUUAAUCCUGGACUAUGAAGCCUGUUAAUGAAUAGUACCUUGAGCUGUCAAAUGCUUUUAGACAGAUCUGAGAGGAAUAAAUGAACAAAAAUGAGACAACUUUUGGCUAGGAGGCAAUCCUAAAUCUUCUCCUUGUCCUUAGAGAACAUCAGUCUUAGAAGCAAUGCUUGCCAUUAGCUGCUGAAUGCAAAAGACACAAAGAUUUUUCUUGUGAGGGGGAACAUUUAAUCUACCUGUCUUAGCAGGAUGAGCAGAUCCAUUCCCCAGGUAAAGCAUCCAGAAAGCUAGAGUGGCAAAAGGCUGCUUUUGCUUCCAUAUGGGUGGCUUUGCCAAACCCAGAGCAAGCCUGGAGACAGCAGGUCUUCUGUCCUCUUGGAGAAGCCAUAGGGUGCUGCAAAAGCUGGCAUGUCUCUGUAUGAGAAGAUCUUGUUGUUAAAAUGCUACAAUCUCCGACCUAUAAAGGCACUUGAGAACCAGGAACCUGGUAUUUUAAACUGGGCAUAUAAGCUAAACUUGUGGAGCCAUUGUAAUCUAGCCGCACACAUGUACAUAAAACUUAAAUUCACAUAACAAAAACACAGUUACACACUUAUUUAAACACAUUGUGGUCACAUUAUUUUAACAGAGAAACAAAUGGUACAGAAUUAGAAACCUGUGUCAUCUAACUAAGCAUUGCAAGAAGGAACAGAAACAUAAGGACGAAACAUUUACAGAGUUUUACAGUGGAAGGAUGAGGUGGGGGGAAUGACAUUGUUGUAGAGAGUCAGCAGGGAAGGGGGCAGCAAUGGAGAUGCCAGAGUGGUCCUGUUAGACCCUAAAGCCCACUUACUAAGGAGAGGUAACUCCAAUAGACCACCCUUACACCACAGUUGAUGCAAAAGCAAGAGGAAUUUAAUUUGACUGGCAUGUCAGGGACCUCUGCCUCUGGAGGAAAAGGAUCCCAAAAAGCUAUUACAGGUAUUACAGGCUUCUUUUAAAGAGAAAAAACACAGAACCAAAAGGGAAGUGCAGAAGUCGUUUGGCAGCUGUUGUGACUAGCUCAUUCAAUGGUAAGCUAACUAUGAUUGGUCAUUGCUAUGGCGAUUGCUAUGUUGGUUGAGCAAGGAGAAAUACCUGCAGGUCAUCUGCAGAUCAUUUUACCCUAUUCCGGGACAUGGGUCUAUUGAAGAAAAACUACAAAGGGGAUAGAAAAUUUCAGGGGAAAGUACCCAAAGUUCUAGUGCACACAUGGGUGAUUAUCAGGGUCCCAGUUUCCAAAGGAGGAGGGGCAGUAAUGCUGAGCCCCAGGGUCUUUCAGUCCCCGUGUAGGCAGCAGAGACCAGGAACAGCUAUGGAGAAUUCUGGUGCGGUAAAGUUUGGUGGGGAAACAGCAAGCAGCAGGAAGUGGGAGGGCAGCAGGGGAGCUAGAGUGGACUGAGCACGGACUAGAGAUCUGUCUGCCCCAGGCCCUUGCUCUUUGUGCCACCACUGUGGCUGACAAGGCUGAGUGCCCAACCUGUGCCAGGGCCUAGGGGACAGGACCCAUCAAAUCCUACGCCAGAGCCCAUCCGUCAUAUGCCAAAGCCACUGGGCUUAGGGGAUGUGAUGAGAGCACUGUUCAUGGACCAGGCCAAGAUCAGAGCAUGAGCAUCUAUAGGUCAUGCUAGGGAGCCCCCAGGGGUUGGCAUCUGGGAGACAGGAGCUGAGUGGAAGGGGGAAAACAGAAGUUGGGGCAAGACAAAAGAGCUGGCCCUGAUUGAACACACAGAGAAAGGCAGAAGUGGGGGUGGGACCAACCACGUGGUUGUGAAUGCCCAUUAACUCCCCCCUGCCUAUUUUUAUAAUAAAGAAAAGGGUGAAAUGUUAUCAUUUCCUCCACCCAGUGCUUUGGCAAAAUAAAUAGCCACCACAAGUGCUAACAUUUCCCAGUUCCACGAUCAUGCAUGUGCCAUCAAGUGUUCAGGCAACUUACACAGCCACCCAGGGUCCUCAAUCCCUAUGUUAUCUAUGUGAAGCAUGAUCAUGUGAUCUACACAUGAUGCAGCUACAUAAGUCCCUGUGUGCAUGUGCUAGGCAGCCUUUAAAAGCUUACCCUGCCCACCAAAAUGAUAAAGGUGGAAAUCAUUAACUCAAAUGAUAAAGAUUUAAAGACUGGUCUUUAAUUUAAAAACCUUUAAGAAAAAUCUCUCAGAGGUGGGCAGAACUCUUUGGAUUUUAGCUAAUUCCAGAGUUAGUCAGCUUGACUACCAAGAAGAGCCAUCACAACAGCCAAGGCAGAGAACUGAGAUUGAUCUCUUACCUGCAGGAGGCAAGGAAAUCAUGGGAGUUAUUUCCAAACAAUGCUUUUCCUAAACAAGGGAAGAAUAGGGUUUUGCUUAGGGAGCUUGGACAUGUCAUGUAGAAUUGUGCCUAUUCUCAAGCAUGCUAAGUUAGCAAAUCCACUUCUGAACAUAUUCACAAUGUAAAAGAAGGGAUGUUUAGGGACAUUAUUUUAGGAUGUCAAAGUCAUGCAGGAACAUAUAUAAAUUAUAAAAGUAGUGGAACAAAAUGUCUCUGGCAUGUUUACUGUGUACAAUAACAAAAGGUCUUAGCCAAAUUUAAGGAAAUAAUGUUGUGAAAAUAGAUUGCUUAGGAACCUAUGCUACAUAUCAACCUUGAUGUUUGAUCUAAAAAGAGUUGUACCGAUGCCACAAUUCUCAUAGAUAAAAAGACAGAACACAAAUACAGACAUCAUUAAGAAAAAGUCACCUAAGACCAUUGUAUACUAUGCUCUUAGAUGACGAAUGGUUAUGAUGAGCUCUUUUAACUUCAAAACGAAGGUUCUUUUCUCUCUGAGCAGGCUAGCUAGGAGGAAGACCACAGUUGUUCCAUGCAAGGCCAGAAAGAACUCAUUUUUACUAACCCUGCAUUCUGUCUGUGUCAAGCCUAUGAAAUCACUGUAUAAAAAUCCAUUCUUUCCCUUUCCUUACUUCUUUUUUAAAAUUCUAGUUAUAUAAUGUUUUUCCUGAAUGUGUCUGUACAGAGUACCUACAGAGGCCAGAAGAAGGCCAGAGAUGCCUGGAAGCGGAGUUACAGGGUUCUGGUAAUGGAACCUGGAUCCUCUGUAACAAUACCCAGUGCUCUUAAUUGCUGAGUGAUAUCUCAAGUCCCUCUUUUUUAUUUAAAAAUUUUCAAUAUAGAUGGAGGAGGCAGUGGUGGUAGUGGUGUGACAGGAGCCCUAUGGAACCAGCCCAGUCCUACCUCAGCCCAUCUUGACAAAAGCAAGUUCCAUGGAACCAUCACGAGGCCCUCCUGCUAGUGGAGCUGAGCCAGCUCGGGCAGUUGGCACUGUCAAAGUGUACCUGCCUAACAAGCAACGCACAGUGGUGACUGUCCGGGAUGGCAUGAGUGUCUAUGACUCUUUGGACAAGGCCCUCAAGGUGCGGGGUCUCAAUCAAGAUUGCUGCGUGGUCUACAGACUCAUCAAAGGAAGAAAGACUGUCACUGCCUGGGACACAGCCAUUGCACCCCUGGAUGGUGAAGAGCUCAUUGUGGAAGUCCUGGAAGAUGUGCCACUGACAAUGCACAAUUUUGUACGAAAGACAUUCUUCAGCUUGGCCUUUUGUGACUUUUGCCUUAAGUUUCUGUUCCAUGGCUUCCGCUGCCAAACCUGUGGCUACAAGUUCCACCAGCAUUGUUCCUCCAAGGUUCCCACAGUUUGCGUUGACAUGAGUACCAACUGCCGACAGUUCUACCACAGCAUCCAAGAUUUGUCUGGAAGCUCCAGGCAGCAAGAGGUUCCCUCAAAGAUCUCUGUGAAUGAGCUGCUAACCCCCCAGGGUCCAAGCCCUUACACCCAGCCCCGUGACCUGGAGCACUUCUCCUUCCCUGCCCCUGCCAAUCCCCCACUGCAGCGCAUCCGCUCCACAUCUACUCCUAACGUCCACAUGGUCAGCACCACAGCUCCCAUGGACUCCAGUCUCAUGCAGUUCACUGCUCAGAGCUUCAGCACCGAUGCUGCUGGUAGAAGUGGUGAUGGAGCUCCCCGGGGUAGCCCUAGCCCAGCUAGUGUGUCCUCGGGGAAGAAAUCCCCACAUUCCAAGUCACCUUCAGAGCAGCGAGAGCGGAAGUCCUUGGCAGAUGAAAAGAAAAAAGUGAAAAACCUUGGGUACCGGGACUCAGGCUAUUACUGGGAGGUGCCACCCAGUGAGGUACAGCUGUUGAAGAGGAUCGGGACAGGCUCUUUUGGCACUGUGUUUCGGGGUCGUUGGCAUGGUGAUGUAGCUGUGAAAGUGCUCAAGGUGGCCCAGCCUACUGCUGAACAGGCCCAGGCCUUCAAGAAUGAGAUGCAAGUGCUCAGGAAGACACGACAUGUCAACAUUUUGCUGUUCAUGGGUUUUAUGACCCGGCCAGGGUUUGCUAUCAUCACGCAAUGGUGUGAGGGUUCCAGCCUAUACCACCACCUACAUGUGGCUGACACGCGCUUUGACAUGGUCCAGCUCAUUGAUGUGGCCCGGCAGACUGCCCAGGGCAUGGACUACCUCCAUGCCAAGAACAUCAUCCACCGAGAUCUCAAGUCAAACAAUAUCUUCCUCCAUGAGGGGCUCACAGUCAAGAUUGGUGACUUCGGCCUGGCCACGGUGAAGACACGGUGGAGUGGGGCCCAGCCCUUAGAGCAGCCCUCAGGGUCUGUGUUAUGGAUGGCAGCUGAGGUGAUCCGUAUGCAGGACCCAAACCCCUACAGCUUCCAGUCAGAUGUCUAUGCCUAUGGGGUUGUGCUGUAUGAGCUUAUGACCGGCUCGCUGCCCUACAGCCACAUUGGCAGCCGUGACCAGAUCAUUUUCAUGGUGGGCCGUGGCUAUCUGUCUCCUGACCUCAGCAAAAUCUUCAGUAAUUGUCCCAAGACCAUGAGGCGCCUGCUGUCUGACUGCCUCAAGUUCCAGCGGGAGGAGCGACCUUUAUUUCCCCAGAUCCUGGCCACAAUCGAGAUACUGCAGCUGUCACUCCCCAAGAUUGAGCGGAGUGCCUCUGAACCCUCCUUGCACCGUACCCAGGCUGAUGAGUUGCCUGCCUGCCUUCUCAGCGCAGCCCACCUUGUCCCUUAGACCCCACUCCCAGCCAAAAGGGAGCCAAUUUCAACCUGCCAUGACAAGGCAUCCCUUCUUACCGGCCAGUCAUUGUUCUGCCUCUGCCUUGAUACUGCCUCAGGAUUCCUUAUCCCACACUCUGGGAAAUUUGGGGGACCCCCCAAAAUUGAGGUCUCCUGCUUCCUCCAUAAUUUGGUUUCCUCUUGGCUUUGGGGAUAUUUCUGAUUUGGAGAACUGUUUCAUCUCCAACGACUGGAAUUCAUGGUAAGGAUUCCACUCAGAACCUCUUUCUAAGGUUUAUGUUUGAUGUGUCUUCACUGGAUUUUGGGGUUCCCAGCGGCCCAUGUGGAUUUGGAAAUUUCCCUUUUUCUCCCCCUAUUCAAGGACUGUCCUCUUUACCAAAAAGCACAGAAUUCUGCUGGGAAAAUUUUUUUUUCAAUAUAUCUUAAUUAAAAUAUAUUGUAUCAAUUCCA